GCCUGCUGGAGAAGGAAUGCUCUGUCCAGAAGCCACAGCAGUGGCUUUCUGCGGGCGAAGCGUUUGAAUUCAAGGAGACGGGUUUGGCUGGGAGCUGGGCUGGGGUCGGGAACUGGCUAUGGGAGCCUGCGUGGAGGGCUCACUAACAUGCAUGUUAUGGCCUCUGGGUCUCUAGCCACCUCUUUACCCAGCUGUUGGCACUUAGUCUGGGCUGCGGAACCGCUCGGGGCACUGAGAACCAUCCAUUACGUCAGAGACUCCGUGUCCCAGCCUGCCAAGGCCCAAAUGUGGGACCCAAGCAAAAUGCUCUGGGAUUAAUUUAUUUCCCAUAAAUCACAUUUUCUCUCCCCAUGUUUAAUGCCUCAGCAUGUCUGAUGUGAUUGCCAGCUGUCCAGGCGAGGUCCCUGGCGCUGUGCGGCUGGGGGUAGAAUUGGUCGUGGAAGGAGGCAUGGUGGAUAGCUGCUGACGAGGCUCCGCCAGGCUCCCUCACCAGUGUGUGGCCCGGGUGGGCAGACAAGACGACUGCCUUCUCUUGUGUUUUUCUCCGGGGUGAAAUUCGGCCUCUCCGGUGUUUGUUUUCUCAUAGGCUCCUGUGUGGCUGCCCGUUGGGGAGCGCGUCUGCGGCUGGGGAGAGGGAAGCGAUUUUCUGUGCGCCUCUCCCGAAGCAGAUGCCCUGUUCCUGGGCUCCCCUAAUGUAAAUAGCUGAAUGUCCGCACCUUCCCUGAACGUUUGGGAAUGUGAAAGAUUUGGACUGAAGUUGCAGAGAGAAGCCGCAGGCUCCUCUUCCAGGCCUUGGCUGGCACAAAUGGCCGCCAUGAAGAACGAGUCCUUGUCUUGGUUUUUCCUGAUUGCUGGUCUACAGCCACCACAUAGCUGUAUGAAGGCCCCCUCUCCCAAUGCUGCGCCCACGUUCAUUCCUGUAACAAAACCACACCCCAGCUCCCCAAGUUCUGAGCCUGUCAGAUAUUUUCUUGGCAGAGGAUUUUUGCUUUUUGUUUAAAUACAUUUCACUGACAUGCCUCAUUUCUCGACGGGGGUGACUAAUAGAUCUUAGUUCGGCCCUUUUAUUGACGCUUGGGGAUAAGUGGGGGGAGAGAAUGCCAGGCGUGGGGCUUCAGCGUGUGGGCUACACUUGUGAAAUCUCCAUUCCUCACAAAAUGCCCUGCUGCCUGAAAGCUGCUUGUCUGUGCUUCCUGAGCCGAGGAGCAGAGAGGCUUUCUUUUGUGUCAAGUGGAGCAUGCAGCGAGUUAGCGCGAGGGAAGAACUUGCACGGUGUUGCAUGUGAAACCCUGAUGGAUACGAAGUGGGUGACCUCCGAGUUGGCCUGGACCGCUCAUCCAGAGACCGGGUGGGAGGAAGUCAGCGGUUACGACGAAGCCAUGAACCCCAUCCGAACGUACCAGGUGUGCAACGUGCGGGAGGCCAAUCAGAACAACUGGCUUCGUACUCAGUUCAUCCAACGCCAAGACAUCCAGCGGGUCUACGUGGAGCUGAAAUUCACCGUGCGGGACUGUAACAGCAUCCCCAAUAUCCCGGGCUCCUGCAAAGAGACCUUCAAUCUCUUCUAUUACGAAUCGGAUACAGAUUCUGCCUCGGCCUCUAGUCCCUUCUGGAUGGAAAACCCCUACGUCAAAGUGGAUACAAUUGCUCCUGAUGAGAGUUUCUCCAAGCUGGAGUCUGGCCGUGUGAACACGAAGGUGCGCAGCUUUGGGCCGCUCUCCAAGAAUGGUUUUUACCUGGCCUUCCAGGACCUGGGCGCCUGCAUGUCCCUCAUCUCUGUCCGUGCUUUCUAUAAGAAAUGCUCCAACACCAUCGCUGGCUUUGCUGUUUUUCCGGAGACCUUAACUGGGGCUGAGCCCACGUCUCUGGUCAUUGCCCCAGGGACCUGCAUCCCCAAUGCUGUGGAAGUGUCCGUGCCCCUGAAGCUGUACUGUAAUGGAGAUGGGGAGUGGAUGGUACCAGUUGGAGCCUGUACAUGUGCUGCUGGAUAUGAGCCUGCCAUGAAAGAUACCGAGUGCCAAGCCUGUGGUCCAGGGUAUUUCAAGUCGAAGCAAGGGGAAGGUCUCUGCUCGCCCUGCCCCCCCAACAGCCGGACAAGCCCGGGGGCAGCCACGCUCUGCACCUGUCGGAACGGCUACUUCCGGGCAGACGCGGACUCCGCAGACAGCGCUUGCACCACCGUGCCGUCCUCUCCGCUCAACGUCAUCUCCAACGUGAACGAGACCUCGCUGGUGCUGGAGUGGAGCGAUCCCCGGGACGCGGGGGGCCGGGACGACCUGCUGUACAACGUCAUCUGCAAGAAGUGCAGCGUGGAGCGCCGGGUGUGCACGCGCUGCGACGACAACGUGGAGUUCGUGCCCCGCCAGCUCGGCCUGACGGAGCGGCGCAUUUACAUCAGCAACCUCCUGGCACACACCCAGUACACCUUCGAGAUCCAGGCGGUGAACGGCGUGUCCAGCAAGAGCCCCUCCUCCCCCCACUUCGCCUCCGUCAACAUCACCACCAACCAGGCAGCCCCCUCGGCCGUUCCCAGGAUUCACCUGCACGGCAGCACCGGGAGCAGCAUGAUGCUGUCGUGGACCCCGCCAGAGAGACCCAACGGGAUCAUCCUGGACUACGAAAUCAAGUACUUCGAGAAGCAGGGCCAGAGCGACGGCAUCGCGAACACCGUCACCAGCCAGAAGAACACGGUGCGUCUGGACGGGCUGAAGACCAGCUCCCUGUACGUGGUGCAGGUUCGGGCCCGCACCGUGGCCGGCUAUGGCCGGUACAGCCUCCCCGUGGAGUUCCAGACCCCUGCGGAGGACGGUUCCAGCGGGAAGAGCUUCCAGGAGCUGCCCCUCAUUGUGGGGUCGGCCACCGCCGGCCUGGUCUUCGUUAUCGCCGUGGUGGUGAUUGCUAUCGUCUGCUUCAGGAAGCAGCGGAGCAGCACAGACUCGGAGUACACGGAAAAGCUGCAGCAAUACAUCACUCCCGGCAUGAAGGUUUACAUCGACCCCUUCACCUACGAGGACCCCAACGAGGCUGUCCGGGAGUUUGCCAAAGAGAUCGACAUCUCCUGUGUCAAGAUCGAGGAGGUGAUUGGAGCAGGGGAGUUCGGGGAGGUCUGCCGGGGCCGCCUGAAGCUGCCGGGCCGGCGGGAGAUCUUUGUGGCCAUCAAGACCCUGAAAGUGGGCUACACAGAGCGCCAGCGGCGGGACUUCCUGAGCGAGGCCAGCAUCAUGGGGCAGUUCGACCAUCCCAACAUCAUCCACCUGGAGGGCGUGGUGACCAAGAGCCGGCCGGUCAUGAUCGUCACGGAGUUCAUGGAGAACUGCGCCUUGGACUCCUUCCUCCGGCUGAACGACGGGCAGUUCACGGUAAUCCAGCUGGUGGGGAUGCUGCGCGGCAUCGCGGCCGGCAUGAAGUACCUGGCGGAGAUGAACUACGUGCACCGGGACCUGGCCGCCCGCAACAUCCUGGUCAACAGCAACCUGGUGUGCAAGGUGUCGGACUUCGGGCUCUCGCGCUUCUUGGAGGACGACCCCACGGAUCCCACCUACACCAGCUCACUGUGUCUCUCCCCACAGGGUGGUAAGAUCCCGAUCCGGUGGACGGCUCCGGAAGCCAUCGCCUACCGCAAGUUCACCUCGGCCAGCGACGUGUGGAGUUACGGGAUCGUCAUGUGGGAGGUGAUGUCCUACGGAGAGCGGCCCUACUGGGACAUGUCCAACCAGGACGUGAUCAAUGCGGUGGAACAGGAUUACCGCCUGCCGCCACCUAUGGACUGCCCCACGGCGCUCCACCAGCUCAUGCUGGACUGCUGGGUGCGGGACCGCAACCUCCGGCCCAAGUUUGCACAGAUCGUGAACACUCUGGACAAGCUCAUCCGCAACGCAGCCAGCCUGAAGGUCGUCACCAGCGUCCAGUCGGGCGUAUCACAGCCGCUCCUGGACCGCACCGUGCCGGAUUACACCACCUUCACCACCGUGGGCGACUGGCUCGACGCCAUCAAAAUGGGACGGUACAAGGAGAGCUUCGUCAACGCGGGCUUUGCAUCCUUCGACCUGGUGGCGCAGAUGACGGCGGAAGACCUGCUCAGGAUAGGGGUAACGCUCGCAGGACAUCAGAAGAAGAUCCUGAGCAGUAUUCAGGACAUGAGAUUGCAAAUGAACCAGACCCUCCCGGUUCAGGUUUGACCACAGAGAACUCUGGGACUGGAAUGGACGGAGGGAAUCUUGUCGAUAAGAUUCUAGUUUGCGGUGCAGCCCGGCUUCCUGUUUUUCCCCUUUGCGUGGAGCUUCUCGGCCCCUGGACGGUCACACAGGAUGGGACGCGCUCCCUGAAUCCAAGGCACUUGAGCCGAGAGGGAGACCAGCCGUGGGUUUUGCGUUUUGGAGCACAGCCGGCCAUGCCGUCUUCAUAUUGAAGACAGUUUAUUGGAUGAAGACUUCACCCCCUCUUCCUGCCCCGUUGCCGCUGCUCGCCACGCCGUUGGUGCGGGAGUUGUUCUACUUCUUGAAUUUCCUUAACCCCGAAGUCACAAACAUUCUCCUCCUGUUCCGCGGCCGGAAGAUCCUUUUGGAGACACUGCGGCGGUUACUGGCACCUUCCCGAGCCCUCACCCUAGCGAGGGAGGAGAGGGGGCUGUGGGGAUACAAGCAUAUACCGUGGAGGGCAUGGAGCGGAGUCCGGGCUGGCCGCCGCCUGAGCAGCCCCAGACAAUCACGUCCCCCUGCUGCCCUCCUGCAGGGAUCUGCACUGGAAUCUGUUGGAAGGGAGGGGAUCGGUCCGUUUGGCUCUGCACGCCGGAACCUGAACCCAGUGAGAUUACUAUGCAGGGAGUUGGGCGCGCCAACUCCAGAUCUCUCGUCCCUCUUUGUUUUAUGGCCGAAUCUGGACUGUGGAGAAAGGCCAUCAGCGCGAGUUUGCACAGGGACCCGGGGAGCAACAGCAGCCUUGCUCCUGCUCAGCCAGAGCUCGGAGAGGUGUCGGGGAGGCCAGGCCGAGCUGACUGGAGAGCCCGGCCUCUCCCCAGUCUCAUGUUUUAUGCAGAAGGAGCAGGGCUUGCC